AAGUUGGAGGAGUCCGCGUAAGAAAUUGCGUAUAGAGUCAAUCCGCCACUCGAGAUGUUCGCCAACAAGUAUUACGAGCGCGACAUAGAGAACGCUUUCGCGAUGAAUCGCUUCUUCUUUCGCAUAAUCGGCAUGUGGCCGUUCGCGCGCGCGAAUUCCCCUCUCCUGAAGUCGAUGGAGACGGUCGCGCUGGUCCUCGCGUGCUUCGUGUCUCUGCUCUCCGAGCUGAUUCCGACCAUGCUCUACGUGUUCAUGGUGCUGACGGACGCGCGUUUGAGGCUGCGGGUCGUGGGCAACGCGAUCUUCACGGCGGUGGAGCUCGUCAAGUACGUCUACGUGCUGUUCUACAAGAGCCAAGUGCGAAGCUGCCUGAUACUCGUCGACGAGGACUGGCGGAACGUCGUGAAUCCGAGCGAUCGCGUCUCGAUGCUCGACAAAGUGAGAAUCGGCAAACGUCUGCUUGCGAUGUGCGCCUUAUUCGUGUACCUGACCGGCAUGAGUUUCCGCAUAAUCAUGCCGCUGUCGACGGGGAAGGUCGUCACUCCUCAAAAUGUCACGAUCCGACCGCUGCCGUGCGUGUCCUAUCUCGUUGUGCUCGACGUGCAGCGUAGCCCGGUCUACGAAAUCGUGUUCUUCGUGCAAUUCCUCUCGGGAUUCGUCAAGUACACGAUUACGGUGGCGACCUUCGGCUUCGUGACCCUUUGCGCGAUGCACUAUUGCGCGCAGGCGGACGCGCUCGUGACGCUGAUAAACGAUUUCGUGAACGAGAAUCGACCGGAGAGGUUGAACAAGAGGUUGGCCACUGUCGUGGAGCAUCAAAUCAGAAUAAGAAAUUUCUUACAAUUGGUGCAGAGUGUCACUCAGUAUCCGAAUUUAAUAGAAGUCCUGGGAUCGACCAUAAUGAUAUGCUUCGCGGGAUAUUACGCUAUCGCGGAAUGGGAAAAUCAUAAUAUUGUUCGUUUGUUGACAUAUUUCAUUAGCCUAGCAAUGUUCCUUUUCAACAUAUUUAUCUAUUGCUACAUGGGCGAGCAAAUCGUCGAGCAGGGAGAGAAAAUAGCGUUGACAGCAUGCACUUUGGAAUGGCACCGUCUUCCGGACGCAAAAGCACGAGAAUUGAUUUUACUUAUAAGCAUUUCCGAUACUCCAUUAAAACUUAAAGCAGGAAAUUUCAUUGAACUUUGCCUCAGAACGUUUGGCAACAUUGUUAAAAUGGCCGUGACGUAUUUAAAUCUUCUUCGAUCAAUUGAAUAAAUUUUAAACGUUAAUUAUAUAGAUA